GAAAAAGACGAUUGAACAGAUAAAGAAAAGUAUAUCAUAAAUCACGUCAAAAGUGUUUUUUAGCUUUCAGAUUCAACCUCUUUUUAUAGCAAAAAACGUUGGCGUCUUAUUGGUAAAUUUGCGUUUAUGUAUGUCGAACUUGGCAAGAAAUGUAAUGAGAUUGACACCAAAGCUGACAUCGUUACUUUAUAAACUAAAAACGAUUAUUUUGUAACCGAGCUGUUCUGAAGAGGUGGAUUAUUUAGAAGGACUCAAGAGCGAGAUAGUUUCGUGGUACACCGGCAUACACGUUUCCGUUACACCUUCAAAAUAAAACAAAGCCACGCGUGGAGACAGGCACGAAUAAACAAAUAUAACUUAACAUUUCAUAGUCCAACAUGAAAUCAUCAGCGAUAUGUAGAAUAAUGAAAUGUUGAACCUCUUGCCAAAAUAGGUUUGUGUGUACGUACAGGACCAAAACAAGUGACAAACUGUUUCUAAGAAAGAGAGGAAACAUAGUGUCUGACAUUCACAACAAACAAUUCGAAGGAUAAAAAACAAAAAGAUAAAUUGUGAGUUGUGUAUUCUAAAUCUAAAAAAACAACAUACUGUGAAAAUUUUUGCAAAGUACAAUGAAUUGCAAUUUAAAUAAUAUUCUAAACUUAAAUUAUUGAUUGAGUGGCUUAUUGUGCAGUGAACAGAAAUUUGCUGAGCUUACAAUGAUGGAUUAUUAGAUAAACAUCAAUUCUAACGUCAUUUAGUAAGAUGUAGUGAAGUAAGUCACAUUUUCAUCUGGGUGAAUGUAAAAUCUCUCAAAUAGAACGUUACAAUAUGGAGGACGGCGAUGGAGGUGAUGUGACUGUUCUUAAAAUAAAGUGUGUCCUGAAUAAUAGGAGUGACAGUGGUCAUGAGUCAGAGCUUAUCCACUGAGUGAUGUCAUCGUUCCAGAUGCUUCUGCUGACAUUCUGCUGCCACUCUGCAACUCAGAUAGUUCCCUUCUUUUUCUUAAACCGAGUCAUUCACAGCUUAAGAAACACCUCCUCUGUUAGCGAACCACUUUCAGCUGUUUUCGGGGGAGUGUUCUUGCCCCCUACACACCAACAUGAUUCCUCAGUCUUUGUGAGAGUCCAGUCUAUAAAUACCCCGCCGCACUUCAGGACUGACAGCCACAGACAGCUGCAGCGAGCGGCCGGAGCAGAUGAUCGCCAGUGUGGAGAGGGAGUCAGUGCUGACAGUCCUUCCAUGAGCGGAGCAAAAUGGCUGCCCUGAACAUCGACCCAGUGGAGCAGCCCCGGAUGUACCAGCAGACGCUGCUUCAGGACGGGCUGUGUGACCUGCUGGAGAAUGACAAGUUUGUGGACUGCGUGCUCAAGGUCCAGGAGAAGGAGUUCCCCUGCCAUCGGCUGGUGUUGGCGGCGAGCAGCCCCUUCUUCAAAGCCAUGUUCCUGUCUGAGCUGGAGGAGAGCAAGAAGCGGGAGAUCCUCCUGCAGGAUGUGGACCCGAGCACCAUGGGGAUGAUCUUACGCUACUUGUACACCUCCGAUAUCAAUUUAACGGAGCAGAACGUCCAGGAUAUCUUCAUGGUGGCCAACAUGUACCAGAUCCCGUCCAUCUUCUCGGUAUGUGUGUCCUACCUGCAGGAGAAGCUGGUGCUGGGGAACUGCCUGGCCAUCUACAGACUGGGCCUGCUGCUGGAUUGUCCUCGGCUGGCUCUGACGGCGCAGGAGUUCAUCUGCGAGCGCUACCAGGUGGUUGUGAGGGACCAGGACUUUCUUCAGCUGGCCCCGAGCGAGCUGGCCAUCAUCAUCACCUCAGACGCCUUGAACGUGGAGCGAGAAGAAGUGGUGUUCGAAUCCCUGAUGGAAUGGGUCAAACACGACGAGACCGAUCGGGUGAAGGAACUGCCAAAACUGCUGCACUGUGUCCGCUUCCGCUUGAUGCCGGUGGAUUACUUUAAGGAGAAAGUGGAGCGACACCAGCUCAUUCGCUUCAGCCAGGAGAUCAAGAAGGAGCUGGAUCUGGUCAAAGACGCACACAAGGGCCGACUCCCCAAGCCCAAGAGGGUGAGCCGAGAUGGGGCCACGGAUGGUGAGGGGAGUGAGGAUGAGGAUGAGGAAGGGUACCUGCCGGGGAUACUCAACAACAACCCCCGCUUCGGGAUGUUCGAGUUUGACUUGAUACUCAUGGUCAGUGACACGGGGACCGUCGCUUAUGAUCCUGUCGGAAACGAGUGCUUCGUGGUGUCAGAGUCCACGGAGAUUCCCAAAAACCACUGCAGCCUGGUGACCACGCAGAACCAGGUGUUCGUGGUGGGUGGUCUUCUCUACAACGAAGAGGACAAGGAUGAGCCCUUCAGCUCCUACUUUCUUCAGUUCGACCCGGUCAGUUCGGAGUGGUUAGGAAUGCCGGCACAACCAAACCCUCGUUGCCUGUUCGGCCUGACCGAGGCGGAGAACUCCAUCUUUGUGGUUGGAGGGAAGGAGCUGAAGGAUGGAGAGCACGCGCUGGACUCGGUCAUGAUCUACGACAGACAGUCCUUUAAAUGGGGCGAGUCCGACCCUCUGCCUUACCAAGUGUACGGUCACGGCGCCGUGUCACACAAGGGGCUUGUCUACGUCAUCGGGGGAAAAUCUGAGAGCAAAAAGUGUAUGAGGAGGGUGUGUGUCUAUAACCCCACAAAGUUCGAGUGGAAGGACCUUGCUCCGUUGACAACGGCUCGCUCCCUGUCCGGCGUGACGGUCCACAAAGACCAGAUAGUCGUGGUGACAGGGGUCACAGACGCAGGCCUGACCAGUUCUGCCGAGGUGUACGACAUCGGCACCAACAAGUGGUCUGAGUUCACAGAGUUCCCUCAGGAGCGCAGCUCCCUCAGCCUCAUGUCUCUGGGAGGACAACUGUACGCUGUGGGGGGUUUCGCCAUGAUGCCCAGUGAAACCAGUGAAGAUCCAGUUCCAACAGAGAUGACUGACAUUUGGAGAUACGACGAGUCAGAGAAGAGCUGGAAUGGGAUUCUCAGAGAGAUCAGCUACGCUGAAGGCGCCACUGUUCUCCCCGUGCGUCUCAACACUCUGCGCCUCAACAAGUUAUGAACUGGUGAAGGACUGUGAACAUGAUCUGAGGAAAAGCUAAGCUACUCUGGAUGUCCAGUGACAGCACGGUCUGUUCAGCGACUAACUAUUUCUCCCACUGUGUAUUUUAUAAAACCCAUUGAUUUGUACAUGUUGCUCAUUGUUGUCUGCUCUUCUA